AGAGACUUCCGAGGAGGGGGGAGAGGGGGCGGGGGUGGGGAGAAGGCAGCAGCCGGCACAACAGCCUGGGCGCGGGGAAAGCGAGCGGUUCCGCCGGCUCUACCCCCCACCCCACCCCACCCCACGGAACCGAUGCAAACCGGAGCAGGCAGGCAGAGCGAGAGGCGAGCGCCGCCGGGACGCAGCUGGACCGCCUAGCCGCUGCAAAACCCGCCCGUUCUCUUCGCACAGGCUGGCCGCGGAGCCCAGGGAGGGAGGCGCGGCGGCGACGGCUUCGCAGCCUCCGGCGUCCCGGCUCGGGAGCGGCCACCCGGCGGGCGGGCGGGCGAGCAGGCUGGAAAGUGCUGGGGAGCCCCGCGCGGGAGACGGAGCCGGCGAGCGUUCCGGGCUCGGGGCAGCCGGCCGGGCAAGCCCGCAGGAGGAGAGCAUGGCUGCGGACCCGGCGGGGACGGGGCAGGCGGAGGAGGUGAAGGCGCUGGCCCGCUGAGCGAGGCGGAGGAAGAGGAUGGCCGGGCGGCGCCGCGGGCGCUCCGCGAUGGGCUUCCUGGCGCUCCACGAGCGGCUCCUCUUACUGCUCUGCGCAAACUUCAUCCCGGCCCUCAGCCACAUCGAAACCCGAGCCCACGCAGAGGAGCGGCUGCUGAAGAAACUCUUCUCCGGUUACAACAAGUGGUCCCGGCCAGUGGCCAACAUUUCGGAUGUGGUCAUUGUGCGCUUCGGAUUGUCUAUCGCGCAGCUCAUAGAUGUGGAUGAAAAGAACCAAAUGAUGACCACAAACGUGUGGGUGAAACAAGAAUGGCACGAUUACAAACUACGCUGGGAUCCCGAGGAAUACGAAAACGUUACGUCGAUACGAAUCCCUUCUGAGCUCAUAUGGAGGCCGGAUAUUGUUCUUUACAACAAGUGCCAGGGCAGCAUACCUCUCUUUCCUCCUCAGUUUUAUCCUCGCUGCAAUUCUCUGAAUUCCAGCCGGGAGAAUAAAUGGAUCAGAAUUCGGAAUCGCACACGGUCUAAUUUGAGCCCAGGGUAUGGCAAACUCCAGGGGCGGAGCGAGGGGGAGCUGCGCCCAGAGCAAGCGUGCACCCUGCGCCCCUUCCACGCCCCGCCCGUCCCCGCCCUGAUCUGGAAUGCCCCCGCCAUGCUCUGUUUCACGCCUCCGCAGGGUGAAAGAGGACUGGAAAUAUGUCGCCAUGGUCAUCGACAGAAUUUUCCUCUGGAUGUUUAUCAUAGUCUGCUUGUUAGGUACUGUGGGACUCUUCCUCCCUCCGUGGCUGGCAGGGAUGAUUUAAGAACUGAAAAAGAACUCUACUAA